AGCACUAACUUUUGACAACAUGGUCAAGAUUGCCAUCGCAGGUGGCACCGGGAAUGUCGGUUCAGAGAUAACUGAUGUCCUCCUUACAACUGGAAAACAUGAGAUCUUGAUAUUAUCCCGAAAGGAGGCUCCUCCCAGCGACGCAAUCAAGGGCACGACCUGGAUUCAGGUAGACUACCAAAGUCAGACACAACUGACACAUGCACUCAGUGGAGUUCACACACUGCUCUCGUUCAUCUCCGAACAAGACGAUCCUACAAGUCCUUUGCAGAAGAACAUCAUCCGUGCUGCAAUCGAUGCCGGCCCCGGAUACUUCCUGAACUACUUGACAAACCCUUACAAGUCGUCAAAAUAUCUUCAGCAGAUGCAAACUCCUUUUGACUUUGACGAAGGUCGUUUCAUCAUGAUUGAAGGCAGCGACAAUGACCGUAUAACCCUCACAACUGUUCAGGAUCUAGCUCAAAUCGUUGCCAGAGCUGUGGAGUAUGAGGGUAAGUGGCCAGUCGUCGGCGGCAUUUCUGGAGUCGAAUUAUCUAUGAAGCAGAUAAUCGAGUUGGGAGAAAAUAUCAGAGGUNNAAUUUCAAUUUUCCAUCAGAACUUCGGUCUGCUGACAGUCGAACCUCAAGGCAAGCCAUUCAAGGUCGAGAAGAUACCUAUUGAUGAGCUGAAGGAUGGGUCAUGGAAAAGCUCAUGGUCACCAAAGAUCGACCACCCCUCCAUCCCACCUCAGAAAGACGAUCAGCUAUCAAGAUUCAUGGUUUCUGGCAUUCUUCAAGCCAUCUCAGCUGGAGACUUGGUAUCCUCGAAUGAAUGGAACAGAUUGCUGCCGGACUUCAAGUUCGUCCAACCUGAAAAAUUCUUGGCCAGUGUCUGGGAUGGUAAGCCA